GUUGAUGAGGUGAUUUUGUUAAACCUUCCUAGUAUGGUGGUGCUGGCUGUAAGGAGGCAAGUGGUGGUUGUCUCUGUGAGGGAGGUGGAGGGUAGUAUUUUGAGGUUCCCCGUGGGGAAGCGCAUUGAUUCGUAUACCGCCCCCGGGCUUCCGCGGGUUGGAAGCGCAGGUGUAGGACUGCGAGUGUAAAAUGUUAGGAAGGGAAGUAGCAGGCACACCUUAGACUAGACCAGCUACAUAAUGUGUGGGAGGGAGCGUGGGAGGGGGAUUAGCGAUUCAAGGGAGGAAGAGUACGGCUCUUGUUAAGGUUGGACGAUAUAGCAAUCGGAAAAGGUGGAAUUUGUCAGUUCAAUAGAGCGCGGUGAGGAUUGACUUGUGCAGUACGAAUCUGCUGAUGUGGUCUACUAUAGUGUUGUGGAAUACGAACGAUAUCCAGACUCCCCCAUUCGCUCCCCCUUCUCGAGUGGCUACACCACCCACCUCAUCCUGGCAAUCUCCAAAAAUCAAUCACCUCCACCCGCGCACUCUGUCCAGUUUGAAACCUCGUAAAUUCUGCUCCGAAGGCAGGGUCUUGAGAGCUACUGUUAUGUCCUCGCCCGGCAGUAGUAUCAUCUGCGUGAUCUCUUCUAGGUCAAUAUGCUUCAAGUACGGGGGCCGCGGCUAACGUGGGUUCUCUCCUGAGAUAUUCACUGCUAACAGUGGGUGAAGGUUCAUCAGAGCGUUUAGAAAAAGGAGGAUCUGGUGCUUUGUUAGGGUCGUUAGUGGGGGGUUAUUUUGCGGUUCGAGUGACAUUUCUAUAAAGGGUUAAGGUGUGGCAGGCUGUGGAGUAACAUUCCUUCUUCUUUCAAUACAGGAAAUAGCAAGAUUCCGCUCAAACGGAAACAAUAAUAU